AUGGGAAAGAGCAAGAUGGACGACGCUGCGGCUGCGCGUAUCCGCAAAGCCCGCGGUGACAAAGACGACUUCGCUAAGCGUGCCACCAUGGCUGCUCAGGCCAAUAGAGAUAGGGAGGCGUCAAGUAGAAGAGAGCAGAAGGGUGGCUACUCGGGCAGUGGAAGAACAAGCAGACGACUAACAGAAGAGAGGGGUUCGAUGAAGGAUACGGGAAAAGAAAGCUAG